CGUGCGGACUUCGAGUGCGAGAUUUUGGCUAGCUGUCAAAUAAUUAUCGAAAAAAUUUUCAUUCCUUAUGAUCUGUCGUUGUCGUGUCGUUCCUGUGCCGUCGCGUUAGUGAACUUGCGGAUAAUUCCAGUCAGUGUCAGUUUUUCUGGUUGUGUCAUCAUUCGGGCGGCCGUUCGAACGGAUUACAGCAGCGGAAUCUGCCAGCCAGGUGUUUCGGAUUGUGGGCAGGCAGGAAGUGCGUGCAGUGGUUGUCCGAUAGCCCGUCGAUAUGAAGUUCUAGCGUGUAGGGGGUUUGUCUUUUAUGUUCGAUUUUGGUUAGUUCUGUAAAUAGAAGUAUUAAUUUUCAACAACCGCCACGAGCGCGAAGUAUGUUGUUCUGGUGAAUGAAAAGGUGAAAAAUGAAUAAAUUAAGCCAUUGAAAAUUAUCAAGAAAAAAAGAAGGAAAAAUCAGUGUUCAACGGCAGAGGAAAAGUGUGCACCGAAAGGGUAGGGAAAGUGCGAUUUUUGGUUUGGGAAGAGGAAAGGCAGAAGGCCGAAGAGUGAAUAUCGAAGAAAAGUCCUGUGUGAGUGGGUGAACAACACAGAGCAAGAAAGCAGCAGAAAAGUGCGAGAGCAGCGAGAGAAGAAGAGUGCAAAGUGGAGCAACAAAGUGGAUCAUUCCUUCUAGACCACCAUCGUGUGGAGCACCAGCAGAAGAACCAGCUGAAACCGGUCCAAACUUCUUCGACCAGGAGCUAGCCUUUGGAGGACCGAGGGAAAAUCUACCAGCCGCUUCCUUCUCCGGGAAAACCUCCCACAUCAACAACAAAAACAGCAUCAUCAACAACCGAACGGCUGUUGUCGAAGCACACCAAGCUACCAUUCAUCGUUUUCUUAUUUCAUGAAAUCCGGUCGAUAAUCGGCAAGAUGGAGUGCAAAUUGAUUUCACGAUAUUCGCCACUACUCGUGCUAUUCUUAGCAACGCUAGUAAAUGCACAAACAGGUCGCAAACGCGACGUCAACAAUCUAUACCAAGUGAUCUAUUACGGUGACUCGCAGAUCGAGGUCGGCAAGCCAUUCUCGAUCGCGUGCAUAAUUUCGAUCGCCGAUCCGGUCGAGUGGCACAAAGACGGGGAACCGAUCCGGAAACAUGGCAACAUCCGCCACGGCAAAGACGAACAUUCGUACAUCGAAAACGAGAUGGGACUGGCAGGCAAUCGGGACAAGAUCGAAGCAACGAUAAGUGUUCAGCGAGCGCUGCCCAAGCAUCAGGGCAGAUAUCAGUGCAAUUCGUUGUACAAGAACUACCACAUGCUGUACGUUCACAGGAAUGGAACAUCCGGUAGUGGCGGAGGAGCAGGAGGAACCAGUCGUGAGAAGACCUCGGGCCGGAAACCGACGGAUUCGGAGUCCGUUGUGGGGCCGCUGCUGCUGUCAACUAUAAAACCAACCCUGAUUACCUCAAUCACUGCAUCGCAUCUGUCGACCCCUGGAUCCUUGGUCCCGGCGCUGGAUCUAGACCACACAAUCGCCUUAGAAACCGAACAUUCCAGUCAACAUCACCAUCAUCAGCAACAGCCUCAUCAUCAUCAGCAUCAGCUGCCCACGUCCGGAAAAACGGACGACCAGAAGUCGGAUAGGGUGACUCACACCUUCAAGCCCGAUUCGGUAAGAUUUAUGAACAAAAAUCAAGACAAAGGCGGUGCAAAAGAAAGCUCUAAAGGUUCGACAGACGAAGAGGACCCAGAGCGGUACGACGAAGACGAUGCAGAAGACGAGUACAGUGACUCGCUGAAGGGUGCCAGUGGCAAAGACAAUGCCGAAGAAGUGAUUAUUAUCGGCUCCGAAGAUGGAGAUGGUCCUUCCGGAGCAUAUGUUCCACUGGAAGACCUGGGCCAGGGUAUCGGACUCGAUACCGAUGACGAUGAAGAUCCCUCAACGUCCAUUGUUAUCGAAAGCAAGGACGUUUCGCUGGAAGACAGCAUUGACAAAUUGAUCCAAAACAAAAGCGAGAUAAACGGCGUCAUCCGCGUCGAGUCGAGUGAAGAAAUCCGUGCCCCACCUCGACGGCCGCAGCAGCCACCCCGAAAAUCGGACCAAAUCCGGGAUGAAAACAUGCUAAUCGCUCCCGCUGUCGUCCCCUCGAGUGCCACCACUGCACUAAUGAUACUGCCGACAACAAAAUUGUCGCUCCCAACCUCCUUCACUACCACCAUGAGCCCCGCAAAGCCCCCGACGGUCGCCUCAAGAGCCACUACCAGUCACGAUUCAACAGCAGGGGGACAUCAUCAUCAUCACCAUCGCGAAUCCGCAGUCGUCGCAUCCUCGGAACAGCAACAACGAACCGCCGCUCCACCUGUCCUAGUCGUCGUCCCCGAAGUCCUCAUCCCGAACUUCGACGAUCCCAGCACUAGCUUAAAAUAUUUCGAUAUCGGAAAAGCGCUCACGCUAGGAUGCAACGUCACAAUAGCGGGCACCCACGAGCUAAGUUGGUCCAAGGACGGAGUCAACGUCAGCGAUAUCGAGUCCCUGAAGGAUCGUUACCGAAUAAUCAAGGAGGAGAACAAAUUCAUCAUCAGUCGAGCGCUCGACUCCGAUGCCGGAUCGUACGCUUGCAGCAUCCGGGCGCAGAAUGCAUCUAGAUCUUUUAAUGUAGUAGCAAACGUUGUUGUUAAAUUCCAGAGCACAGAAAUAGGAAAAACCAACAUGGUGGAGGGUGAUGCGUUGAAACUACACUGCGUAGCCUACGGAACAAAUCCCCACCUGACCUGGGUAGUCGGAAAUCAUACCCUCAGCUCCGGUACGGAUCAUAUCAACCUGGAGAAGGAUGACAAGGGCGUUGAAAAUGCCAUACUGAUCAUUUCGAGUGUCACCAUGGCCGACUAUACCGAUUACACUUGUCGGGCCGAGAACAGCGCCACCAGCUUUACCGGCAAACCCGCAGAAGUAACGAUAACCGUAAGGAUCAGAGGAAAAUACGCCGCCCUUUACGUUUUCUUGGGUAUCAUUGCCGAAGUUGUUGUAUUAUGUUUAAUUAUUUUAAUAUGCGAAAAAAGACGUAACAAGACAGAGAUCGAGGAGAGUGACACCGAUCAGAGUCCAGACCAGAGAAGAAGAAAAAGUUCGCGGAACUAUAACUAAUAAUAGAUACACAAUACACUGCUGAAAAAAUUCUUCGAUGAAAGAAAUUGUUAUAUAAAGCUUAGUUAUAAAUUCUAGUGCUAGUCGAACAAAACAAAAAAAAGAGAUUACUAUAAUUAAUUCUAGACUAUGAUGGAAAAUACCGGUAACGAAUUAAAACAAAAAAAAAAAACAAAACCCUUUAACGAAUACCAAAACCCAAGAGAUUAAAAGAAUCGAAAUUAUCUGUAAAGUAACAAUCGAAAAGGAAAAACCGCAGACAAUUUUAGAAGCGAAACGUUUUGCGUCUAAGGCCAAUUUUGUCCAGUCCGGUCCAGUGUGGAUGGCGCAAAUGAAGCGCAAACACCUUGGACUUAAACCAAAACCAAACAAGAAAAAAAAAUGUGUCGCGAAAAACAACACUGGACGGCAUUGAACCGGAUCAACAUCGGAGCAUCCGGGAGCAAAUCGAGAGCUUCCGGGAAAGUUCAACUCAAAACCCACCAGAGAAUUUAUCCUAGAGAGUCAAAAUAACAAAAAAAAAAUGAAUAACCAAAAGCGAAAACACUGGCUAAGCGAGAGAAUCCACUCCCUGUUACGGCAAAACCGAGACAUAUUCCAGCGCAUCCAGACGAGAGCUCGCUAAAUUUAUAGGCUACUGAAAUUUGAAACCCCUUUUUGCAGAACAGAAACAAAAAGAACUUGGAGAAUAUGUUUGAACUAAGUCUAGGUACUUUAUAGGAAAAAUUCAUACAUGCCAUUGCUGCCCUCAUCCGCUGAUGACGUUUGACACAAGACGAGAAAUAAGUACGAGCUGUGCGGGGCAUUAAAUACUUAGUAGUGAUGUGGUGAGCUGGAAAUUUCGAAUCCAUACGUAGGAUCGCCCCCUUCCGGUCCCAAACACGAGCACCGGAUGUCACGCAGGAUGAAGCCGGAAACGAAAAUCUUAAAUUUAAAAGCUUUAAAUAAUUUCUGUGAUCAACAAAAUGAUGAUGAUUGCUUGAAGCAAAUUUGUGUAGGAAAUAAUGGGCGCGCGUAAGAAGAUAUACGGAGCAAAGAAUAAAAGAUGUUGAGUAGAACGUGGCUCUCCCUGGCAAUCGUACGUACGGAUCGUUUCGAAAAUUCCUAUUAAAGACUUUGAUGUGAAAAAUCCACCCCCAAAGAUGCUGAGUGGUGUCUUUUUAGAAGCCAUCAUGAUCUCGUCGAAAUGGUCAAAUCACGUCAAAGUGUGAAGCUAAGAAGGAAGCGAAGAAAGCUUAGCGGUAAUUGCAAGUCGUCAUGAAUUUAGGUGAUAGAUAAGCUAGAGUAUCGACAAACUGGUAAAAAAUAACAAAAGCUUCAAAAACAACGUUUGUAUAGAAUAAAAUAGGAAAGAAAAUCUUGGCAUAAAUCUUUUAUAAAACUAAUGAAAUGAGGAUUCAUUCUACUGCAAUAAAUACCAUAAAAUGCCGAAACCAGAAAAAAAAUU